CUACAACCUUCCUUGCAUACUUCAACCCGAGCCUUCGUUUAUCUUAAUCCCAUUUUCCCACGACAGUCCACUCGGGUCUUCCCUCAUGGCAAACUUCCAUGGUUCGGUGCUUCUGUGUUUCGUUCUCCUUGCAUCAAUGGCUGCUGCAGCACAGUUCAAGGUGGGAGGCUCCAAAGGGUGGGCUGUGCCAUCCCCCAGUGCAAUGUCACUCAACCAAUGGGCCGAAAAAACCCGGUUUCAAAUUGGUGACUCUCUACUUUUUGCUUACCUACCCGACCAGGACUCGGUACUUCUAGUGGAUGCGAAUGCGUACAAUAGUUGUGACACAUCAACAUUCAUUGAUCGGUUCGAUGAUGGAAACACGGUGUUUACGUUCACCCAAUCAGGUCCCUUCUACUUCAUCAGUGGAAACAAAGAGAAUUGCCAAAAGAACAAGAAGUUGGCGGUUGUGGUCAUGGCAAGCCGUGGCAAUGGAACAAGCCUGGCACCUUCUCCUUCACCGGUUUCUUCUCCAUCACCUCCUGCACCUGCUUCGGGUGUGGUAGAGAUUGUACCAUUAUCAGCUCCCGCCGGCGGGGAGUCCACACCUACUCCCCCUUCAAAUGGGGCUUCCGUAAAGGUUGUGGACUUCAUGGGCACACUUGGUGCUCUCCUCGUGAUAUUGUACAAUGUUCUUUAAGUGUCUUUUGUUGAGAAUUAAUGUUUCUGAGAUUUAUUCAUUUGGUUGGAGUGAGAUUGUUUUGCUGAGAGUGAAGGUAUGUGAAAUUUAUGUACUUGGCUUGGGUGAGAAAUUGUAUGACUCAUCAAUAAGCUUAGCUUGGUUAAUGACAGAUUAUUUUAUUUAUUUUUAAA